AUGUCGUGUCUUCCCGACCCAACAGUACUCACCCAACUUCAGGUGGAAAACCCUCCACGAUACACCCAAGCACAGCUUCAAGAGUAUCUCAAAGUCAUCAAGCUUCCUCAGAGAUUCCUCGAUUCGCCAGUACUGAAGGAUUCGACCCUUGCUCACACCAAGGAACACGGUCUUCCCCUCAUUAAAGCCAUCACCCGUUACCACACAUGCAAUAUCCCAUUUGAGAACCUUGAACUCCACUACUCAGCACACAAGACCAUCACCCUUGACCCAUAUGAGCUUUUCGAAAAGAUAGUUACGCGUCGCCGUGGCGGUCGAUGUAUGGAGAACAACACCUUUCUCGGUACUGUUCUUCGCUCAUUUGGUUACGAGGUUCGCGAUUGCGGAGGUCGAGUGGCGCGCGCCAUGAGUCCUUAUCCCGAUGUUAGAAAGAACCAAGCCUACACUUAUGAUGGCUGGAACCACAUGCUCAACCUCGCUCACUUUGAGGAUGAGUGGUAUAUCGUCGAUGUGGGAAUGGGUUCAAUGGGUCCCAACCUUCCUUUCCCUCUACGCCACGGGUUCGAAACCACGAGUAUUGCUCCUCGAAAGAUCCGUCUUCAGCGCCGAGCUAUCGCUGAGUCUCACGCAAGCAACCCCACCAAAGGAACUAAGCUGUGGUGCUACGACGUCUGCCUCAAGCCUACUGAGGACGGAACUGAUGUGUGGACACCUACUUAUGCCUUUACUGAGACGGAGUUUCUGCCCCAAGAUUACGAGGUCAUGUCGUGGUUUACCUCUACCAACCCGCGAUCUUUCUUUACUAGAUAUGUCACCUGUACCAAGAUGAUCCAAGAUGAGGAGAAGGAAGAGAUUAUUGGUAACCUUACCUUGUUCAAAGAUACGAUCAGAGAGACAAUCGGCAAUCAGCGAAAGGUUAUUCGGGAGUGCAAGACUGAAGAGGAGAGAAUUCAGGCGUUGGUUGAAGUAUUUGAUGUGAAUUUGACGGAGGAGGAGAAGAACGGAAUUCCAGAGGAGAGAAGACUAGCUUGA